AUGUCGCUCCAGCCCUACAGAGUCAGCUCAGAGGGAAGCUCCUCGGUGGGACACAACAAGACCAAGGAUGAAAAGACCGACUACGAUACCGAGUUGAACCUCACCCAACAGACCACCCUCCAUGAAGGCGAGCAGAAAUUCCACAAGCUGGGCUGGAAGCGCCUUACCGUCUGCCUGAUCGUCGAAGCCAUCGCGCUUGGUUCCCUCAGUAUUCCAUCCGCCUUUGCGACUCUCGGAAUGGUGCCCGGUGUGAUUCUCUGUGUCGGUCUGGGUCUCAUUGCCAUCUACACCAGCCAUGUCAUUGGCCAAGUCAAGCUGAGGCAUCCGCAUGUCAUGGACUAUGCAGAUGGCGUGCAGCUCAUCUGGGGCAAAUUCGGGUACCAUCUCACUUCGGUCAUGUUUGUGCUCUUCCUGGUGUUGCUGGUUGGCUCGCACGUCCUGACCGGAACCAUUGCAUGGAUCAGCAUUGUCGGCAAGGAAGAUCUCAACGCUCUGAUGUGGGGAGGUGUAUCGGCCAUUAUCCUGCUGUUGGUCGCCCUUCCUCCCACUUUCGCCGAGUUUGCUAUCCUGGGCUACAUCGACUUUGUCAGCAUCAUCCUCGCCAUUGGUAUUACCAUCAUUUCGACCGGCAUCCAAGCCCACAACAGAGAAGGAGGCCUUGGUGCUGUGGACUGGACUCUCUGGCCAGCUGCAGAUACAACCUUYUACUCGGCCUUCCUCUCCGUCACCAACAUUGUCUUUGCCUACAGUUUCGCCGUCUGCCAAUUCUCCUUCAUGAGCGAGAUGCACCGACCUCAGGACUACAUCAAGUCCAUCUGGGCUCUGGGUAUCAUUGAGAUCUUCAUCUAUACCAUCACCGGUGCAUUGGUGUAUGCAUUCGUAGGCAACGGUGUCCGAUCUCCCGCGCUUCUUUCAGCAUCUCCUCUUGUCGCACGUAUCGCAUUUGGCGUCGCUCUCCCAGUCGUGUUCAUUUCCGGCAGCAUCAAUGGAACCGUCGUUGGAAAGUACAUCAUGGGACGCGUGUUCAAGAAUUCCGAGAUCCGCUUCAUCAACACCAAGAAGGGUUGGGGUAUCUGGAUCGCUCUCAUCACAUUCAUCACCCUCAUCGCAUUCGUCAUCGCAGAGGCAAUCCCAUUCUUCAACGCACUCCUCGGUCUGAUUUCCGCGCUCUUCAUCUCCGGCUUCACCUUCUACUUCCCCGCGCUCUUUUGGUUCCAGCUCGUAAGGGAGGGCAAGUGGAACAAGGACCGCCACAACAUCAUGAUGUCCAUUCUCAACGCCAUCGUCUUAAUCAUCGGACUCUUGGUUCUUGCCUGUGGAACGUAUGCCAGUGUAGAGGAUAUCCUUCACCAGUACACUGAUGGCGAAGUCCGGAGUCCUUUCAGCACGGAUUCGAAAUCUUACGCUUGA